CUCAGUUGGCGAAUUUUCAACUUGGACACUGUUUCUUCGUUAUUUGAAGUUAGUAGAGUUGAAGAUGGGUAGUUUUUUCAUUUUUUUGAUGAUGCCCAUAUGAAUAUCUGAAUUGUGCAUAAGUAAUUGAGUGGGGUUGUAACAAACUAUAAACAGUUAAAAACGUGAUAGGAUUCCAUAUCAUGCUGACUGUUACUUUUCAAUAAAAUACUCACAUCAUCAGCGUAUGAAACACAGUGUGCUGGCUCAAGGUGUGAUGGCAAGUCAUUAAUAUAUAGAAGGAAAAGCAGAGGACCAAGGACUGAUCCCUGAGGGACCCCACUCCUCGCCUGUAACCGUUCCGACUAAGGAACAUCAGGACUUGUGCCGAUAAUUCCCAAUUUUUGAUUUGCUGUAUGCAAGUUACUAUAAUGCUACCCUCCUGUGUAGAUGCAUAUUCUAUUCUAAAGGCAACUGAAUUAAGAAAAGCUGCCGUUUCUGUUAUAAUGUUUUUCUUCACCAAUCUGAUUCUAUUCACAAUCUAUAAUAAUGGACAACAAAUCUUCAACGAGAAUGAUAGACUGCGAAAAUCACUACUGGAGGUUCCUUGGACAGACAAGCCCCGAUGGUUGAGACAGUCGAUGCAUAUUAUGCUGACUCAGGCUAAUCGAGACGUUCAAAUCAAACCAUACGGCAUUUUUGUACUCAACUACAUGUCCUUCGCAGAUUUGAUGAAAUUCACCUUCUCAGUUGGAAACGUAUUAUAUACAAGGAAACAGCUAACAAGUCAAACUUAAUUACAAAUUUGGUGGAUGUAAACUUGUAAUUUGAAAUUAAAUUGAGUUGGAAAUAUAAUUUA